CUUAAGAUAAGUGGAAAUAAGGAGGGAGAGAGAGAGGGUAGAAGAGGGAGGGUAGAGGAGGAAGAUGGCAUACAAGCUAAGAGACAGAGAUCUGAAGGACAACAGAGGCUUUCAGAAGAGAGCAUCAAUUUCUGAAGAUAUUCAAAAUAGAGAAAUGAUGGAAACCAUAUUAAAAGAGUUGCAGCAAAUGCAAGAAAAACAGGAUGCGUACCAAAAAUUGGCGCAAGAACAAAUGCUGGAUUUUAAGAGGGAGAUAAAAGAAGAGUUAAAAGAAGUGAAGCAAGACAUAAGUGCAUUGAAUCAGGAACUGAGAAAUUUGGAAAGGGAUAAAAAAGAGCUUAAGAGAGCGCACGAGAAGCUCCAAGAAGAGGUUAAAGCCGUAGAACUCAAAAGCAACAAAAUGGAAGAAAGGCAAGAAAGGAUGGAAGCCAAAGAAUUAGAGUUCCAAUUAAGAUUUAGAAACGUAUGGGAAGAACCAAAAGAGAAUAUAAGGAAAAAAAUGACUGAAAUAAUAUCUAAACUGCUUCAGUGUUCGGAAGAAGAAAUGGAAGAUAAGAUGGAUAGAGUAUAUAGAAUAAACACCAAUUUUGCAAGAAGGAAUAAAACGGCUCGCGACACAAUUGUGAACUUCACAAAGAAGAUAUUUAGGGACGAAAUCCUCAGAAUGAACAAUGGCCAACCAAUAAUUUAUAAAGGGAAGAAGAUCGCCGUACUGAAAGAAUUUCCGAGUGAAGUGAUAAACAGAAGAAGAAAGUAUACAUUUCUAGUAGAGGAACUAAAAAGAUAUAAUGUCAGGUUCCGAUGGGAAAGACCAGAAGGAUUAAUGGCGACCUAUCAAGAGCAAAAAUUUUGGAUCACGUCUGAAGAAAAGGCCAAAGCCUUUCUUAAAAGAUUAAAGGGGGAUAUGGAGAAACAGGAUAUUGGAGAAAACGAAGAUUCAAGGAAAAUGAGGGAAAGAGAAAGGAGACUGAGAGCAGAAUCACAAAGUAGGAAAGACAUAACCCUAGACCUCCCAGGCAUAAGUUCUGGGGAGAGAGAGGACUUAUUAGCGGCGGGGAAAAUAGAUGACGAAGCGGCCACAGAAGAGGAAGAAGAGGAAAUAGAUGAGUAA